GGUCCCCCGCGCCCCCGCGCGCUCCGCGGCCUCGCUCGGCGCCAAGAGGAACGCGAUCUGCAGCUCCUACAGCUCCACCCGGCCCGGCCCCGCGACUUCCAAGAGAGGCCUCCCCAGGCUUUCACCCGAGAUCCCCGAGUGGCCGCUGCGAAAGAGAGGAAAAGGCCGUCCUCCGUCCGUGCGCCCGCCCGCCGCGCGCCGCGCGUCCUCGAGAACAGCCGGGCGGCCCGGGCCGCCAAGGGAGAAGACCCCGCCGCUGCCACCGCGCCCUGGGGACCUGCUGCCCGAGACCGCACCUGCCGAGCGUGGCUCUGACGAGGACUGCACCUUGGGGAAAAAAGCCGGGCAGGAUGCCACCGAGGCCGCCGCGGACUCCACCCCCGAGGCCCGUCCUGGUGUCCGACCCCACGCGUGCGUCGCUCUGCCCGUCCCAGGGACAGCAGCCCCCGGCGCAGACCCACCGCUGGACAGCCGAGAGAAGACGUCUCCAGGCCCGCCCGCGCCGCUGGGGUACGCACGGUCAGAAGCCCCGCCCGCCCGCUCUCCAGGCUCCGUGCCAGCGGCUGCGCCCAGGUCACCCGGCGCUGUCACUGCCCGGCCAGCUCCCAGCUUUCCCGCUGCCGAGUCAGCCCUGCCUCCAGACCCACCUGUCACUCCCCCCGCUGCACCCUCCUUACAAAGCACUGUGUUUGGGGUGAGGGGGAGCCCAGCACCCCACCUUCCUGCUCCCGCACCUCCCGCUGCAACUUCUGCUGACUCCCUGUUAAAGCCAGUUUUGGGGUCCCUUCCCGGUAGUGAGACGGCAGUCCCCUCAGAUCCCAGAAUCGAGGUCGCAGCAGCACCGUCUUUGGGGGCCUCCGGCUGCACAGCUCCGUGCGUCCUGACGCCGCCGGCCUUCCAGCCUGUCUUCAGGGGCGCCCUGAGCCCUGCGCCUGCGGAAGCUGCUUUCUCCCCCGGGCAGCUCCCUCCCCCGCCGGCCCCUGUCGCAGCUCAGCUCUCCCGUGGCCUGGUCCCGUCCACCUCCCCGGCUGGCACAUGCCAAGACCCUGCUGUCCAGCUGCCUCACGAUUCUAGCCGAGUGGUCCCAGGCUUUAUACCCCUGCCGCACGCUGGGGCAACUGGCUUCUCCCCAGAAACCAGCCAGAUUUUCCCGUCCUGGCAGCCUCCUUCCCUCCCGGCUGUCCACCAAGUUGCUGUUAGUGGCCAAGUUCCUGGUGCUGCCCAGGUCACCGCUGGCGGAAGCGCUGCUGAUUGUAGGCGUGCGCAGAGCCCUGUGUCCGCCUCCACCCUUGUAUGCGCCCCCCCACCCGCACUGUCGCUCAGCCUCUCCAGCCCGACCCCUGCACCCCCUGGAGUCAUGCCCCAGCCUGCAUCUGGGGCCAAAGAUGGGCAGAAAGAAGGCGCCCCCCAGCCGGUUCUCACCCCAAGCUUCAGUACCCCUCUCCUUUCUGGGAACUGGGCAGUGGUGCCUCCAGCCCCCGGGUCAACGCUGGCCAGGCCCAGGCAGAGCAUUUCCACACAGGCGGCUCUUGGGGGCGGGGUGCUCUCAGCCCCCACUUCGCAGGCCCCCACUGCACAGGUCCCUGCACCCUGCCCACUAGGGUUUGCCUUUGGCCAGGCAAGUCCCGCCCCUGGCUUUGGGGCUGCCACCCGGAGCCAGAGUGGGGCUGGGAGCCCAGUGUUUGGCAGCAUGGCCCCUCGACCUUUUGCCUUUGGAGGGUCAGUGACCCCUAUGGAGUGUGGGGAGCCAGGGGUCACUGCGAGCACCCACAGAGACAGCUCCACCUCUGGGGUUCUCAGCGUGGGAGGAACAGUGCGGAGUGGGGUCCCCAGGACUGGGACCGCCUUUGAAAAAGGGCCGGGCCAGAACCCUCAGCGCCUUCCCAGCCAGGCCUUGCUUUCCUCCUUGGGGAGGGCCGGCUCUUCUGCAAGGAAGCCUGCUCCUGGGGUCCCUUCCGUCGCCCCCUUUGCACAGACCAGCCGGCUCCCGGGUCCAGCAAAGCCGGGCAGCAGCGUGGGCUCUGGGGUGGGCUCACCGCCUUCUCAGGGCUCUGUCAGCAGGAACAGGGAUCCUUUCAGGUCUCCAGCCUGUUUGUUUUCCAUUGGUACAAAUCCAAAAAGUCCAAGGAGUCGGGAGCAAAGACGUUCCCAGAGGCAUCACGCCCACAGGAAAUAGCGGCUUUCUCUCUCACCCGGAGCCCAGUAGGACCUCAGCACUGCUGUGGAGAGCCUCAGCCUCUCCCGUCUUCUAAAUGGAAUGUCCUUAGACCUGAAGAGAAAGCGCCGGGUGUCUCCUGGGCUCCUAAUUCACACCCUUUAGGGUGGGGCAGGACCAUCAAACCACUGAGCGGUGAUGCCGAGUGACCCCUGCCCCUCCUGUGUGCCAAGGCCGGCACUGCCUCCUGCUUUUCCGUGGCAGCCCGGUGCUCUAGCAUCUUUGGGAUGAGGACCCUAACCUCGGCUUUUAUUUGGCCCUAGAAAAUGGUUCCCCAUCUUUGGUCCCGUGGGUGUGGAUUUCUCAUUUCUGGCCUCUUGGUCCUCAGUGCAUUCUUGAGUUUUGGGGGUAGUUUGACCCAGAGGCACCUUUCUCAGAAGAUCAGUGGGCAGCCCCAGGGCACUGCUCUUGUUGAGCUGCUUCCCCCACCACACUGUUUGAGUUCACCUUUACCCCAAAGAGAUGACAGGCCAAACCCAUGAGCUCUGUGCCAAUUUAACCCGUGAAAGAUGAGUGGGUGAGAACUUGGCCUGUCCGACCCCAGCACCAUUCCUCAUCCCAACACAGGGCCGUCGGACCAGCUUCCCUGUGAGCUUGGAGCGGGCAGGGCGCCCCGCGGGUCACCACCACCCGCUUGGCCACACUCCACAGUCCACAGAGACUUGUUCUCUGCACCCUGCUGGGUGCUCCUGCAGAGCUUCCUGUCAGCUCCACUUGGAAGGGUGGCUUCUUGGGGUGCAGCAGCGCCUGGCAAGAGACAGGGAGGAGGUACCAUGCUGCUGCUUCUGCACUGUGGUCGGACCCCAGAUGUGCAUUUCAGUGACCUGUCGGGGCCCUCUCUCCACACACCUCAGCCAGAGAGGGUGGCAGGGGAGCAGCCCUCGGGCCUGGCCGAGCCGGGAAAGGGAAAACAGCGGGCACCUGGGUGGGGCAGGGGAGGCCCCGAGGGAGCGGCGACACGUUCUGGUGCCCUUCUGCCAUCCCGACCCACUCCAAGGCAAGAAUGACUUCCCAAGUAAGUUCAUCACCUGUCUCCUACUUCACGAAUGUCUUGGAAGAGGUCUAACUGGAAAUAAACGCAAUACUAAGCUGAAGGAUAAAAUAAAAAUAAAUUAUUGAAAUAAA